AUCUAUCUAUCUAUCUAUCUAUCUAUCUAUCUAUCUAUCGCUUGCAGCCCUGCCGUUCUGCGCAUGCGCACGCUCAGAGCAGUUAGUGGAGGGGAAGGGGAGGAGGAGGGUAACGUAUUUUAACCUGAUACGCAGUAACGUCUGAUCAAACCCCCCUCCGUCCUCGGUCCUCCAUCCUCCAGCUCAGGCAGGUCUGUAUCGUAGCUCCGGCUGUGAAUGAGUGAGUGAACGUGCGUGCGUGAGAGAGUGUGUGGCCGGUGAGAAGCAACAGAGCAGAGCAACCGGAGGAAAAGGUGGCAGUUAAGUUUAACUGUAAAUGUAAAGGUUACAGUUGCUAUAACUACCCUGAGAAACAAGAAUUCAAUCAUUCUGGACCUGACUGCAUCAUUAUGUUAAGAAACAAAAAAAAUCUCCAUUCACUCUUUAAUGGACCUGGUUGAGAUAACAACUCCAGAAGAGACGAGCAGCAGCAGACACAGACUGAUCUACACUUUAUCCAGGAACAUGUGAUCCAUCAUUUCCAAUUGUGGCAGAAACCAGUGCAAGUCAACAUGGACCCUCCAGUGAAGGCUCGGAACAGACGGGUGGUUGUGGAACCGUCAGCAGUUCCUGAUGGGGGCUACGCCUGGUUCAUCCUGCUCUCUUGCUUCCUUGUCUUUGGUCUUACCUUUGGGGUGAUUAAAGCUUUUGGUGUGUUUUAUGUUGACAUACACCAAUACUUUGAAACCACAGCAGCAGGAACAUCAUGGAUCACCUCUAUUGCAGUGGCGACCGUUCACAUUGUGGCUCCGCUAGCAUCUGCGCUGAGUGCUCGUUACAGCCAUCGUUCUGUAGUAAUAAUGGGAGGACUGAUGUGCAGCACUGGUGUUGUUCUGGGGGCUUUUGCUCGUAACCUGAUUGAACUCUACUUAACAGCAGGUUUCCUAAAUGGUUUUGGCUAUGCAUUAACCUGGACCCCAACAGUCACCAUGCUUGGCAUGUACUUUGAGAAAAGGCGUCCAGUGGCAAAUGCCUUGGCUAGCUCUGGAGAGUGCAUUGUUACAUUUAUCCUCACUCCUCUGUUCCAGCUGUUGAUUGACACCUUCUCCUGGAGAGGUGCUUUGCUAAUCCUGGGGGGUUUGCAGCUUAACCUGUGUGUGUGUGGUAUGCUGCUGAGACCCCUGAAAGCCACAAGAGAUGGUACUUAUGUAAAUGAAGUCAAAGCAGGAGAGGAAGGCUUGUCUCUGCAACUGCUCUUAAAAGAGGACUUGGAUGAUAUCAAGCCAGGCUUUCAAACUGAGAGAGAACUUCACAUAUCAGAAGGAUCUGAUCAAAACAAAAAUAAGAAGUUUCUUGAAGAAGCCAAGGUGAUACCUAACUUGACUAAAGACUACACAAACAAUUCAAAGAGGACAGAAGUACGGACCACAGUCCUUAAGUAUGUAGAUUAUACCCUCAUCACAAAUGCCCGAUUCAUGGUCUAUUCUAUGUUCGGUGUAUUUGCUGCUCUGGGUUUCUUUGCUCCAUCUUUGUUCCUGGUUCCAUACGCUCGGAGUAAGGGGAUUGAGGAGUACCAAGCAGCUUCACUCAUGUCCAUCUCUGCAGUGUUGGACCUCUUUGGAAGGGUGUUCUUUGGCUGGUUGGCAAACCUGAGACUCGUGGAGACGGUGCAGCAGCUGACGAUUACUGUGAUUCUGCUGGGUACCGUGCUACUCCUGUGCCCACUAGCCAGCUCAUUCUCAGAGCUGGUUGCUUUCAGUGCAGCUCACGGCCUGGUGUACGGUGCAACUGUCGCCAUCCAUAUCACUGUGCUGCCUGAGGUUGUGGGCGUCCAGAGACUUGGAAGCGCUCUGGGGUUUUUCAUGCUCAUACGUAGCAGCGGAGGCCUGCUUGGACCCCCAGUUGCUGGGUUCUUCAUUGACAAGAUGGACAAUUAUGGGACAGGUUUCCUGAUGUCUGGAGCGGCUCUCAUUGUCUCAGCUUUGUUCCUGCUCAUCCUCCAUCAGAUGAACCGGAGGAGUCAGGGUGUAAAGAGCUAUGGCACGCAUACGGACAAAGCAGGACGAAGAGCAGAAGGAAAAGAACAUGACAUGAGUUUGAAAUGACAUCUUCAUGUAAACAUGACUGUCCAAAAACAGAAAAUCAAGCACAGUAAUCUGCAGGAAAUGCAUGGGAUUUUUGUCUGCUUGUAUGGUGUCUGUAUAUCGUUGAAAUUUUUGGAGCACCUCUCAAUCACACACAUCACAGAAAGCAUAUUUUGAAUAUCAUUUGACAGUCACAGUUUUCAGCUUACCUGUUUAGUUUAUAAUGAAGUAUUUCUGCAUGAUUUUUUUUCUAACACUACAAUGUUAUCUUUGUCCAUAACAUUCUGACCACAUGCUUCAUUAUGAGUCAAUAAUCCUAAUGUAGUGUCUGGUACCAGGCUGUUAUCCAUAGACUCUUUGGGCCCUAAGGGUUUUGGGGUGGGGUCUUUAUGGCUUGAGCUUGGUUUCCAGAAGAUGCCAUUAGAUUUGUAUGUAAGGAGGUUGAAUUGAGCAGUUUCUAAGCAGUUUUUCCACGGCUGAGUGUUGUCCCGAUUGGGGAUUCUGCCAUUGUGAGGGAGCACUUUAGCUAUAUAUGUGAA